AUCAUCUCGCACUUUUCUACGCAGUCCCUCGGCAGGACGGAAAAGGAUAAGUAUGCUUUGGCUUGUCGCCUUUAUCCCUCCUCUCAACAGCCUCCAUGAGGUUGUCUCAAUAAUUGCGUCGGGGAGGCUUGAAGCAUCCACUUACAUGAAUUUCAUCAAUUGAGCACGUCAGCUCUAAUGCAGGUGUACACAGACUCACGUUCAUAAAUCGAUCCAUCUUUCACUAAUUGAGCAGGAUCAGCCACGCGAUUGCGACGUAGAAGAGCCACACGGGGUAGACUGCUAGUGCCUUGCGGUCCUCGGCAACGAGUUCCGACAUGAAUCCGACAGAAGCUGAAGAGAUGAAAUGAAAAACAGUCACCAUGUUCGUGAUUGUGUCUGUGAUCGCUUCCUGCCUCCAGUCGCCCAGUGGAGGGCGAUAAGCAUCAGGAUAAACUGCAGAUACAGUGGACGAGAUUCACAGGACGGGGCGUAUCGUGUGGUGAAGUGCCACCGUGACAGCCCUCACUUUGACGAUAGAUCCGAUCGACGAGGGAAGGAAGAGGCACGCAAACGCUGCCAGGACAAGGGGACAGAUGCAGUAGCCGAGGACGCAAACGCUCUGGAAGAAAGAUCUGCAUGAACACGAACCAAAUUAAUCAUGAACUUCACUGGCACGACAUUUUCCUACAUCUUUCCACCAAGCAGCAGGGCGUUGAAUGUCACCACGACAGCACCCAGCCACACAAUGACAUAGACGAGGCCGAAUACCACCUCUUGCUGAUUCUCUGGGGCAUUUGCCCACAGAAUGCUAGGACAAAACACACGUGAAAGGAAGCGUGGGUGGCACGGCGUGGGUUGCAUACAUCGAAAGGAUGAGGCAUAGGAAGAGCGGUCCCCAGAGAUCCCCUGCACACCACAAGCACAGGGGGACUUCUUAACCCGCCAUUUCACCGGUCCUGCCUACACUGCUUUAGCCCAGCGCCAGCCUCGGAUCGAGAGCGCGGCAGCAUCACGUAGUACAGUUUCUUGCCGACGCUGCGGAGAUCUCGCAUCUAAGCACACAUGUGAGAAGGAUGGGAGAGACACAGGCUGGAUGUACGGCCUCGUACGAUAGUGUCGACGACGGGCUCGUCUAGCGUUCCGAUGCAGUCCACUGCUCUCUCGGAUGAGAGGGGGGCAUCCAUAGACCCGCGAACGUGUGUCAUUUUCGAUUUCG